UACUGCACCUCGGUGUCGUCUGCAACACUCCAGAAGGAGAAUGAGCAGGAGGCCGAAAUGCUUCCACUUCAUGUCCUAUUCCUGUAGCGUAUCCAAAGCCUGGAGAUGGUGAAGACCUGGACCUGUAGUUGGCUACUUGAUCCCGGGUGUAGCUACAGGCACAGCACACGACACGACAAGUGAACAAACUCUCAAGGCCAUCAGCAUCCAGCUAGCUCGUUCGUGUAAAGGCGGUGUUACGAAGCAAUUGUCUUUUCAGAAAAGGGGAGUCUCAGAGACGCACUGCUGCUGGGCUCUUUGAGGUGCUCGGAGGGGAGGCGGGUCUGUGCAGAGCAGCGAGUGCCCCUUCUGGCGAGCAAGCUCCUUCCGUCCUUCAUCUCGUGCCGGAAGUUCAGACCAGAGUGUACGAGCUGGUGGAACUUGGUCGUUGCGGGUGGCACUCGGUCACUCGGCCUGUCAGUCCGUGAAUCGAGAGGGUGCGGUGCCACAACAGCAUCCAUCCAUGUGGAUUGCUUAGAUUUGCUUUGCCCGGUGAGAGGGAUGUCAAAAUUGGAGAUUGAGGGCGUUGUGCUGGUAGUGGGAGGUUCUGGGUAUCUGGGCCUUCAUCUGCUCCACUAUCUAGCCACGAGCACCAAGUUCCGGCUCGCCUACACUUUCAACAAGAACGACGCCCCUCGAUCUCACCCUUCUCUCCAAGAUGUGCAAGGCUUCCAUGUGGAUCUUCGCACAGGCGUAGGAUGGGACCAGAUCUCCAAGACGCUGGGACCACCCGCUGCAGUUGUGAACUGUGCAGCAAUUUCGGUUCCUCGGGAAUGUGAGGAGAAUCCUGAACAAGCGUCUGAAGUCAAUGUUCCGCGAUCGCUCAUCCAGUGGUUGAAGUCUUUCGCCCACAACAAGCCACUGCUUGUUCAUUUAUCCACUGACCAAGUGUAUGAAGGCACAAAGUCCUUCUACAAAGAGGAUGAGGAAACCAAACCAGUCAACGUGUACGGAAAGUCGAAAGUGGAAGCUGAGAAGCACAUACGAGCUCACUGGCAGAACUUCGCUGUACUGCGAAGCAGCAUCAUCUAUGGACCACAGCCUGUUGUCCCAGUGCAGAAGUCCCUUCCUGUUCAGUGGAUGGAUACGACGCUUGCAGCAGGCAAGAAGGUAGACUUCUUUACAGAUGAAUUCAGGUGCCCAGUCUUCGUGAGAGAUGUCGUGAAGGUGGUUUUGCUGCUAAUUGCCAACUUAACGGCAGAGGGGGGUUUUGCCCAGCUCGUGCUCAAUGUUGGUGGCCCAGACCGUCUGUCCAGGGCCGAAAUGGCUGAAGUGGUCGCGGAAGUUAAAGGCUACGAGGCAUCGUUAAUCAACCAUGUGAAAGCAUCAACGGUGGAUCGAGGCGUUAAAAGUCCCCCGGAUAUUUCUAUGGAUGUUAGCAGAUUAGAAACCUUCUUUGGCAUUACUAUGACGAAGUUUGCUGACGGUGUUCGCCAAACUCUUAGUCUUCCUCAUCCAGCUUAACAACAUGUAGAUUUGAAAGCUCAAGGAUUACGUGCCUUCAUCGAAAUAGCAUGUACAACUUACGUACAUCUCAUAGCGUCAAAACUCAAGAAAAUAUCCAAGCAAAGACACAAAAUGUCUCUUUCUCAAACGUGAUGUGAUCGCAUCUCUACACACCUGGACUAUCUGAUGGGAAACAAUUUGCCGCAAUGAAGAGCUUGCACCACUUCCGCAAACGUCGUGCUAUGGAUGUCCUUAUCAGCAGAGUAGUUGUGAAACUGUGUGUAUAGUGAACCCGCACCAAAGAUGAUAAACUUAGUAAUAUAUUCGAAACAAAAACUGACACUAAAGAGCUAUUAAUUUAAGAACUACCUGAGACGUAUACUUGAGAAAGUGUGAAGUUUCCCUCUGUAUGUAGCGUUUCAUCACGUGGUAAUAAACGUAACCGUAAACAGUCCCUUGUCUUCA